CGAGGACAGCACCCCGGACAUAGAUACCAUCGUCCUCCAGCACGACUCCGCGUCCACUUCGCCAUGCACGCAGUGUCCAUGCAAGGCUGUGUGGACCAUCUCGCCCCUCUUGGAUUCAAGGACUACAAUUGCUUCUGCCCAUAUCGCGGCGCUGUUUCAUGAAACCGGGUGCGGGCCAAAUAACCGCCCCGCCGAACACUGGACAUGUCUGAUUCCGUAGAUAGAGUGUUCAGCCAUGCUCUUAAUACCGUUAACAAGAUCCGAACCGGAGCGCAGAAACCGCCAACCGCCACGCGAUUAAAGCUCUAUGGAUUAUACAAGCAGGCGAUGGAGGGGGAUGUAGAGGGAAUUAUGGAGCGGCCAUCCGGGAGUGGAGAAGAAGCGCAAGGCGCUCGUGAGAAAUGGGACGCGUGGAAACAGCAGAGCGGGCUCUCAAGAACGGAAGCCAAGCGGCGGUAUAUCACAACGCUUAUAGAAACGAUGCACAAGUAUGCCUCGCAAUCCGCCGAUUCUCGCGAACUGGUUUUGGAGCUCGAAUUCGUUUGGGAUCAAGUCAAAUCGAACGUACCCUCUUCUUCCUCCUCAUCUCCGCUUCAGACUCUCGGUAGCAUGGGGCUUCACAUGCAACCUCCGCCAACCUAUGCACAAUUCAGCGGUUCGCAAAUGAGAGAUCCGGAGGACGAACGCUUACAGAUAAGAAGUCCAAUGUCUCAAUCGGAAGAAGAAUUACAGGAGGAGGAAGAUCAGGUGGAGGAAUUCGUAGACGCGCCAGACUCCCAAUACAUUCCAUACACAGAAGGCGAAGACGCGGCUGUCCAGGCCGACCUCAUACCACCACCGCCCGUCCCGAUACCAAGAGAACCCGGAACCCCAGUUCCGCGCCCUUCAAAAGAAGAUCUGGCGGAUCAGAAAUGGAAGAAGAGAGUCGAGCAAGCCCUGGUGAAGAUGACAGCAGAAGUGGCGGCUUUAAGGGAACAACUGGAGUCGCGUCGAUUGUUCAGCCAUAGUCCGAGAUACAAGUUCUUCCGCUUUGUAUUCCGUUUCGUGUGGGGUAGCUUGAAGCACAUCGCCGUAGAUAUAGCGAUUCUCGUUCUGGUUCUACUAUGGAUGCGAAGCAAGAAGGAUAGACGGCUAGAGGGUGCUGUCAGGGUCCUUCUUGGAGAUGCAGUGGCACAAGUCCAAAGAGUCGGAGGUGUACAGAUAGGGAAGAUUCAUCUGCCCAAACUCGGAAGCAAGAAAACCGCUGGUGGAUGAUGUAUUGUCGCAGUGUAAGAUAUAUAUUCCGAU